AUGUCGGACCCCGAAAAACAAUCGAUGAUCGGCGCUGGCACAGAUGAGCCUGAACAAGGCUCUCAAAGCCCUGUGGAACUGGUGCUCGAAGUAUGGUACUUCGCUGAUCAAGGCUGGAGCAGCCUAGCCAACCACAGACUCGCACAGAUGUUCAGAACCCCGAUCACAGAUGGAAUAGUGCAGCAAUUGGGCUGGGAUAUUCAUGAACACGAAGCUCACAACGUCGAAAAAAGACAUGCUCAGGACAAGUACGUCACGGCGCAGUUGAACGCUGAAUUCGAAAAGGAUCUUGCCGUCUCUGCAGUGUUCGAAAAGCAGGACUUUAACGAAGCAAAGGCGCUCCGGAUCACAGCUGCUAAACCGGACGGGUUGAAGCGAUCGCUCUCUCGUGAUCAAAUGGAAAGGCUACGCAAAGGGAAAGCUCUGAGCAAUCAGGAACUGUACCAAUUCCUCCAAGACUGGCACGUGAUGAGGCGAUGCCUCCGACUGCAGAAGCUGGGGUUUAUGGAUGCGACGGACUGGCUGCUGACGGAAUACGAGCGUGGCACGGAGAAUCCCAAGAGAGUGGUUCUGCUGGGAGGAGCCGUCGUCGUCGCCGCCACUUGCUGGUGGAAUCCAAUCGGCUGGGUCCUCACAGCUUGUGUUGCGGUUGUUGAAGCGGGGGCUGUCCUACAUGUCCACGGUAACCCGCAUCUUGUGUCAAAUGCAGCAGCAACUAGGAAAAAUGUCGACAAGGUACGCGGCGAAUGGGCCGCACUGGAAAUUGCCCUGCACCAUCACGGAGUUGCGCUUGCUGCCGCGUUGUGCUCACAAAUUCACAAGAAGCGCCUCGAUGAGCUGCCUUCAGCUCAGAAGAGGGACUUCCUUCAGGGUUACGGCAUCGACCUCUAA